AUGGAGACCCACUUUGGACCUUUAGAAAAGGCCACGGGCAAUUCCACUGAGAUCACAACGUUCAGAUGCAAAUUAUGUUUGGUGUCAAAACCCAAAGAAUUCUUUUCCUUUUUACCUUGCUGCAGUACAAAUCAUGCCGAACUCGAUGCCUGUGCUUCCUGUGUGGCGAUCGCCUUGACCAAACCUUCAGAUAACAAGUGCCCGAGAUGCCGAGAAUUUGUUCAACUUGUGUCCAUUAGAAAAAGCGAAAAGCCUCCGAAUCAAAUUGUUGAUGUCCAGAUUGAAAUGGGCGCCUUCGAUCAGUGUUUGUCAUGUGGGGAAACGAAACGAUUGAUACAUCCUGACAAGGUCUGUCAGGACUGUCAACGAGCGAAAGACAAAAUGUUGAGCUACCCAACAAAACAACAGAUCAGAUAUGAGUGUCAAGUGUGUCAUGAAGAGCAACCCAUUCCCCACCCGAUAUACAAGACACAGCCGACGCCUAGACAUUAUGGGAGCCCUGCAUGGGUGGGCUGUAAUUCGAAACUUUGUAGAAAAAAGGAUCGGAGAUGGAGAAUUGUCGAAUCAGAAUUGGAUAAAUUGAAAAAGGGAUCCGCGCCGCAUCCAUGGGCACAAUAUUUUGUGCGGAAGGACUUGGGUUGUUUGCCGGAUGAUCCAGCCAAAAUUACUACCGAAACAAAGUUGAAUAUCCCUAAAAACUCGAUUGAUGGAAGCCCUUCGGUGGCUGUGGGUGCGGGUCGAUUUGCAGCAGUUGCGGCAGAUGCGACUGGAAAUUCCUUCGUGGUGCCUUCUCAUCACUUCCCCAUUCUGGAAUCCUGGGAAGAUGAUAAUGAUGAAGGGUUGGCUGGGAAAACAACUCUGCGAUUAAAGAAUGAGCGGACUCAAGAAAUACAUCCUGUCUUGGCACAGUGGCUACCGAACGGAUUUGUUCAUUGGCAACUGAUUUCAUCAAAAUCAAGCAUUGUGGAAAUGGGAUCACGAGAUUUGGUCAUUCCACCUGGCGUCAAGGCGAUCAUUCCACCUGGUCUCCAGGUGGAUAAACAUGUUCAGUCUCCUUUGGAGGUCGACAGUGCCACCGCCAAUCCUCCACGAUCUCCUGAAUCCAUUGGUGCCAAGAAGUCCAGAAAUGACGAAACUGAGGAAAAGGUGAAUCCAAAUGCUGCAUUCCUAGAUACGGAUUGGCUCGUAGCAAUUGAUUAUCUACCACUGCUGUCGAGUAGUCCAGAUCCCAAAAGCCCAAAUUCAGCGUAUUUUCGAAGUCUUGCUGCUCCAGUUUGGUCACGCCAAGAAUUUUCCAUCCUUGGAGCUCGGACGAUGAACGACAAGUCCACGAUACCCACGCUUGGGUGGAAUGCUCAUCCCUAUAAUGUCCGCAUUGGCAAGAUUGGAAUAUUUGCUGGGGGGAACGAGGAGGUGCCAACAAAAGAUCAAGAAGGUGACAUCAUACUGGAAAUCGAUGUGAAGUGUCUUGCGACCGCCUUGUGGACGGAUGCUGUCGACCUUUUUGUUUCUUUGCUCGAGCCAAUAUCCUCUGAUGAGAAUGGCGACAACUAUGAAGAUCUUGGCUAUCCUGUUCUAUUACUGCAAGAUGAGAAGCAUCCAUCGAUCCGUCGCUUUCCCGAUGGCAAGGCACUACAUGGACCAUUGAGGCUUCAGUUUUCUGGCGUCAGCUUUGAAAGUCUGAAAGGAUUGGCAUCACCAGAUUACGCUGGUGGAUUACAUCUUGCCUUUCUGGCACCGUCUACUCCUGUUACUAGUGACGAUGACGUAGUAGACGCUACUGAACGUCCAGUCCUGACAGUAAAACCAAGUUUUACAGGGGAAGAACUCCGAGCAUCGACAGCAGCCCAACUUCGGAGCCAGAUUCGCGCCAUGACAAUGGAUGAAAAAAGAGAGCGAUUAUCCAGCCUGAUGUUAGACGAUUCUCACAGGGAGCAGUUUCAAAGUAGCACUGACGGGAAAGAUGUUGAUGCGGUGCUGGAAUCGAUGUUGGAGAAUGAAGACUUUGUCCGAAGGUACAUGCGGUCGCCCAGAAACGACGGUUUUGGAUGGGUUGAUGCCAAUGUUGAGGAGGACAAAAGUCCAUCAUUGAUACUUGGUCAUGCAGAAAACAGCGUGACAGACCCGAUAUCAAAGUCGGGUGCCGGGGGGUUCGUAAGUACAUUUCGAACAGCCUUCCGAAUGUUGAGUUCAAAGAAUGACUCGGCGCAAACCACGAAUUCUACUGCAAAUGCCGUCGGCACGGACAAUUGCGAGGACAAACUGCCAGGAAAGCCAGACAGUGCCGUCUCGCCAAAGAGUCGCAGUCCAAUGAAGGCCCGAGUAGAGAUGGAUGGUACCCGAAAAGAAAUCGUAUAG